AUGGCUGGCACUUUGUCAAAUCUUUGCUCAAAACUAUCUCUGCAGGAAGGGGAUGAGAACACGGUGGUGAUUGCGGAGGAUUUGCUUACUGAGGCGGGAGGUGAGUUACCUUGGUUUGGGCUUUUUGGUAGGCUAUACUCAAAAAAACAGCCUAACCUGGAAGGCCUUCGAAAUACCUUUUUCCAGGCUUGGAAAUUGGAGAAUACUUUGACUGUUUUGGAGGUGGGAGAACGUGUUUUCCUCUUCCAAUUUGAAGAUGAGCUGGAGCGUGAUCGGGUGUUGGUAAAUCAGCCCUGGUGCUUCAACAGAGCCUUGAUGGUGUUUUGUGAAUAUGAUCCUGAUCUGGCACCGGAGACACUGUCUUUUGAUCUCUGUCCUUUUUGGGUGCGUCGCUAUUUUCGUAUCCGGGUAGAGAUCAAUGUCUUAACUCCUUUAAAGGAUACUAUGAAGGUUUCCACCCCUAAUGGUCAGAUCGAAGUAGAGAUUCGGUAUGAGAAAACUCCUUCUUUUUGCAGGGUCUGUGGGGUGCUUACUCACUUGGAUAAUGACUGUCCUGUGGCAGUGACGAUGCUGAAGACGAUAGGGCGUGUUGAAAAAAGAUUUGAAGGCAAGCUGCAAGCUGAGUCUCCAAUCACAAAAUCGGAUAAACUUGGCCGACCGGAGAUUUGUUUCAGCUUGGCUAAUGGGGUUUCUUUUUCUAAUGUGGGGGCUGGAGAUUCGAUGGUGGGUCGGCGGGGAUUCCGCAAACAUGGGGAUAGCAUGCUACAUCGGAGUCGUGCGGUGGCGCGUGAUAUUAACAAUGUUGAAGUCUUGUGUGAAAUUGUAUCUAAAUUUCACGGGAAGGGCAAAUCGCAGAAUCAGGACAAGUUGGAUGCUGAUGAGGUAACUUCUCGCCGCAAGGAAAGGGAGAACGUGGCUUUUGCUGAUCCUGUUAUCCCGGGCGGUUCACGAAUCAACACAAAAGGGGUGGUUAUUAAUGAACCAACCGCAAGAAACAGUAAUCAUCAAAACGUGGCCAAGGCGCUGAAGCAAAAGCAAAUUGUGGAAGACUCAGAGGAGUCAACAGAUUCAUGGUCGAUGGCAGACCCGGGUGUUGGGCUGGGGUCUAGGAGGCGGAUUGUUUUGGGCCGACACAUUCCAGGAGUGGGCCUUUCUGUUUUGGGACAUAACCCGAUUCCUAAUGGCAAUAAGAUGGGUAAUACAAGUAAUUUUGUUCCAUCUCAACCUGCAGAAUCUUUUAUUCCACUUGAAGAGCCAUAUACUCCGACGACACCUUUUGUUUUUGGGGCUCAAGCUAAUGUUCAGCCGAGAAAAUUAAGAAAAUGGAAGAAAACGGCACGUGUUUCCCAGAAAUAUUCUUUUGAAACUCUUGGCCCUGCUAAAAAUUUUCAGGUUGGGCAAAACAGGACUUCUUUUAAUUCUACUUCGGAGGGGAAUCGGACAGGGACAUGGAAAAGCACUAAGGAUUCCGAGACGGUGGCUGGGAUGAAUGCAGAUGGCUUUCGUGGAUGGACUGCUGAUUUAAUCUCAGCUGGCAGGGAUGCUGCUGGGGUUUGUUUUGAUGCUCAACAAGCCAAUUUGCUGCAAGAAGGUAAUGCUGGCUUUCAAGAUGAGACGGAUUUUGGUGGCGGGGUUGCUAAGGAAGGACCGACAGACUAUGUAGCUGAUGACGAGCAGGCUGAUGCUGUUAAUGACAUUGAUGUACCAGCGGCGAGGAUGGGCGGGACUUGGAGAUUUACGGGUUUCUAUGGUAGACCCGAGACACAUCGUCGUAAUGAGUCUUGGCAGUUACUUCGAACUCUUAAUUCCAACUCAUCUUUACCAUGGCUAUGCACUGGAGAUUUUAAUGAGAUUUUGCAAUCGGAUGAGAAAGUAGGUGGAGUAAUUAGGCCUUUUCGGCAAAUGGAGGGAUUUCGCUCAAUAGUGGAAGAAUGUCAAUUUCUUCAUUUACCAGUAGUGGGUCCAUUUUUAACUUGGCAUAAGAAGAUAAAUGGUGAGUGGAUUUUUGAAAGACUAGAUCGCGUUUUGGUCACUAGAGCUUGGUGGGAUCGGUUCCGGCACUCAAUUGAAAAGCAUUUAGUCACUACAGUUUCGGAUCAUCUGCCCCUAUUAAUUUCAAUUAAGGAGCAGCAGGGGAUAUUUACGAAUAGGCAAAGGAAUUUUAAAUUUGAAAAAAUGUGGACUGGCCACAAGGAUUUUGAUCGAGUUGUUCGUGACUCAUGGUUUUCAAAUAGUACAAAUGCCAUUGUUGAUAAAAUAUGGAAUUGCAGUCGGGUGUUAGAUGAUUGGAAUAAACGGAUUUUUGGCAAUAUUAGGUUCAAUUUGGAAUCAAAGAGGAAGGAGUUGGUUGCUUUGUAUAGAGAACAAUCUGAUCCGGAUCGUAUGGAGGAAUGUCAAUUUGAGAUGGAUGGCUUACUUCAUCAGGAGGAAGUCAUGUGGCGUCAACGUUCGAAAGCUCUUUGGUUAAGGGAGGGAGAUCGUAAUACGAAAUAUUUUCAUUCUGUUGCUAAUGCGAGGAGAAAGAAGAAUGUCAUUUUGGGUAUUGAAGAUUUUAAUUGUAUGUGGAGGACAGAGGUGAAAGAUGUCGAGGAAAUUGUGUGUAAUUACUAUCAGGACAUGUUUACUUCAACUACUCCAACGAUGGCAGCAUUGAAUCCGGUUAUAAGCCAUGUUCCCACUCGAGUAGAUGCAGAUAUGCGAUGCUCUCUGGAUGCUCCUUUUACGAGCGAGGAAAUUAAGGAUGCAGUGUUUCAACUGGAAGCGGAUAAAGCCCCGGGACCGGAUGGCUUUCCCCCAUCCUUCUAUCACAAAUGUUGGCAUAUUGUGGGUAAGGAUGUAGUAGCUUUUGCAUUGGAUUUUUUAAAUAAUGGUGGUAAUUUGCCUGAUGUGAAUCAUACGAAUAUUGUCUUGAUAGCCAAGAACAAUAACCCCAAGACUAUGAAAGAUUAUAGGCCAAUAGUUCUUUGUAAUGUAAUUUUCAAGAUUAUAUCCAAAGCUAUUGCCAAUCGUCUAAAGGCUGAUAAUAGUAAUGUUAUUCAUGGUGUAGCUAUUAAUCGUACUGCCCCGCGGAUUUCGCAUCUCUUUUUUACGGAUGACAGUCUUCUGUUUCUUUGGGCCUGUUUGGAGGAUUGUACAGCGGUUUUGGAAAUUCUUGAGAGCUUUGAGAAAGCUUCGGGACAACAAGUGAAUAUUGAUAAGUCCGUCGUUUUGUUUAGCAAAAAUACUCCUGAUACAGUUCGUAUGGCCAUUAUGAGCAAGUUAGGGGUGCAGCGGAUCUUGGAUAGAGACAAGUAUCUUGGGUUGCCUAUAAUGGUAGGGAAAAACAAGAGAAUGGAGUUUCAGUAUAUUAAAGAAAGAUUGUCUAAGCGUGUUGAGGCUUGGCAAAACAAGCUGUUUUCCAUCGCAGGAAAGGCAAUAAUGAUCCAGUCAGUGGCACAAUCUAUACCAGUGUACUUGAUGAGUGUGUUUCGUUUCCCCAGAGGAUUUAUUCAUGAAUUAAAUAUGAUUAUGGCACGAUAUUGGUGGGGUGGGACUAAUGACCAGAGGAAGAUCCAUUGGAGGGCUUGGGAAGAUCUCUGUGUGUCAAAGCUGGAUGGCGGGCUUGGUUUUCAUGAUUUUGAAUCCUUUAACUUAGCCUUAUUAGUAAAGCAAUGCUGGAGAUUACUACAUAAUUCGACUUCUUUGUGUUAUCGUUUAUUAAAGGCGAAAUAUUUUCCAAGAGGGGACUUCUUAACAGCUUCACUUGGGCAUAACCCGUCUUUUAUUUGGAGGAGUUUGCUUGAUGGUCGGAAGGUGGUAAUUGCUGGUUCGAGAUGGCGAAUAGGCAGUGGUGAUGUCGACUUUUGGCAAGGAAAUUGGUUAAUUGGUUCCACUAGUUUGAAUCCAACGCCAAGGGAAGGUCUGAUUCCGAAACCUAUGAGAGUUUCGAGUUUCAUAGAUUUUGAAUCAAGGCAAUGGCAUAUUGAUAAACUUACUGAGAUGGUGGAUGAUGAUGACAUAAGUCGGAUCCUAUGUCUACCUAUUCCAAGACAACCAAGGCCGGUUGUUCUUAUCUGGAAUGCUUCUCCAUUAGGUACCUUUUCGGUGAAAUCAGCUUAUUUUGAAGCUAGGAAACUUCUGAUCAAUUUACAACGGAGGGGCUUGGAUAUUGACAAUUUGUGUGUGGUCUGUGGCUUACAUGAGGAAUCAAGUCAGCAUACUUUUCUUCGAUGUCCGUUAAGUAUUCGAGUUUGGGAUCUUGUUGCCCCGUGGAUGUGUAAUUGUGUCGAAGAUUGGGCGGAGGCGGAGGAUUUUUGGAUCCGGAUUGUGUUCAAAGCUGCUGCGGUGGGACAAUUGGAAUUGGUUCUUAUACAGCUUUGGGCAAUUUGGCAGAAUCGAAAUAACGCCUUGCAUUCUGGCUUUUGUGCUACACCAACUACAGUCUCGUUCUUAGCCUCCAAAAUGCAUUCACAGGCAUCGACAUUGGUACAAAAUGAAUGCCACUUAGCAGAAUUGCGUACCCGAGUUACUCAAUGGAAGCUACCACCAAAUGGUUGUGUGAAAAUUAAUACUGAUGCCUCGUAUUGUUCUAUCACGAAUCAAGCAGGCCUUGGAGUGGUGAUUAGAGAUGAUAAAGGAGAAAUUAUUGUUAGUGCCACAAGAAGGUUAUAUUUUGUGUCUUCUUUAUAUGUGAGGUUCACGCUAUCUUAUUUGGUUUUGAAUUAG